CUCAGUUUACGAGAAGAUAGUUGGCAGGAAUCCUGAACCACCUGGAAAACUUGGAGUGUUACUUUUAUAGAGCCAUAAAGCCAGAUGACAUGGCCUGCGAGUGGAUAAUCAUGCCACGUAAACAAGUCUCGGGUCAGACGGAGCUCUUGCGCACAGGGACACACACGGGCUUGUAAGCUGUGACUGCGACCACGCUAUCAAGGAAAUUCCUCGGUCCUCCAGGGUCACCUCGCUGCAGUGAGACAAAGGACCAAACAGGACGCCACAGGGAGACACGAUGGCCACAGAAGAGACUCAGACACAAGUUGGGCCUGCAGUACUGGCACAGCAUGUUUCACCUGCAUCCACCGGGAGCAGACCCAGCAGAGACGCCAAACAUGCAAAUGACGGCCAGGAAGCGUGGCGAUGCUCUGACCACCUGUGGCAUUCAAAGCAGCGCAGCAGCCCUUCCCUGCUCUUCUACAGGAAGUUGUCAUGUGACAGCGGGAAAGGGACAAUUCUGGACGAAGAGUACGACUGCUUUGAUUACAGCUCAAAAGUUGAAAGCGCCGAAGAGAAACUGUACCCGGAGCUGUCAGCCGGCGUGAACAAUGGAGUAAAUCAGGCAUCCAGGAAAAGUUCAGAGGGAUCUGUGUGCCAGCUGGACACUUCUGGAGACAGCGUGGAUGCAGGCAGGAACAAAACUGGCGGCACCCACUGCUCUUGUACCCCGUCUAGCGUUUACACAAGUCCAGACACGUUUUGUUGCCACAGCCCUAGGUCCAGUCCAAGUCCCAGCUCCAGCCCUGUUCACAGUCCUCACCUCAGCUCCAGCCCUGCUUGCCCCAAGAAGAGACACAUCCGCCGUGGCAGCCUCCCUGUGUCCAUGCUGGCUUUCCACAAGACAUCACCUUUCCUCUCAUCUCAGGGCAGUGCCUCCAGUGAACCAAGCUCUUUGACGUCAUCUCCCUGCAACUCCCCCCUCACCAGCCACCGGCAGCAUCGCAAAAAUGGACACGUCUACCAGCACAACUUCAAAGACGCGUACUCAAGUUUGGAGAGGCUCAACAGGAGGCCUCGAGGUAACAGAAUCUCCCUGGACAAACUGUUCCUUCGGCGGUCGUCCCUUGAAAACCUGACGGCAACCGACGAGAGGUCUUCCCCAGAGUGGACCAGGGAGUGCGGCAGGGGCAGCAGUACCGAUGAGGAGGAUGGAGAGGCGCCCCCGGAUAACACAGAGUUUGUUAGGAACCGUAAAGAGCGUUCCACUGUCCUGGUCAGGCGGUUCUUCAAGAAUAAUCAGAAGAUGACAAAGUCGGUGUGUACUGGGACUAGAGCUAUUGUCAGGACACUGCCGUCAGGACGGAUCUCAGAGGAUGUCUGGAUGGUUGUUGUUGAUCACAGAUUGUGGUUUCCCACCAAGAAGGAUAUAUGGCCAGUCUUAAUGCGGGGUCUGGGUGAAGGGUUCAGAGCCUGCAGAGGGAUGCUACGCUUUGUUGGAGUUAAGCUGCAGCAGGUUAACAACUAUGAUCAGGACAGAGAGGAAGUCGCCCUGAUUCAUCCUGCCAAAAAGCUCCUGUUGUCUUGCCCUGGGUGUAUCUGUCUCAAGGAGUUACAUGGUGUCAGCGCCAGCCCAGCCAGACCUGAUCUGAGCUCCUGCCUUCAUCCCUGGGGUUGUCAUCCUUCUCAUCCACACAGGUUUUAUCGUGCUUGUGGCCAGAGGACAUCGGUGUGUUCCCUGCUGACUGGAGCACUGCUGGAGGCUACAGCCGCUCUAGGUGCCCGUUCUCCUCUACCUUACCCUUUGCCCCAGUGCCCCAACGGCCACGCUGUGCUGAAAGAGCGUCAGCUGGCCAACAGCAUGACCAGCAGCAGCUCUCUUCCUCCCAGUGUCAGUGGGAUCAGUAAGGAGCUGGCAGAGCUGCGCCACCUUGUUCAGUUCCCCGAGGAGAUCGCCUGCAUCCUCACUGAGCAAGAGCAGCAGCUUUACCAGCAGGUCUUCCCCUUGGACUACCUCUGCUUCCUUACUCGUGACUUAGGCAGUCCUGAGUGUCACGUUAAACGUCACCCAAACCUCAAGGGCUCGCUGUCGGCGCCCACCAUGCCUACUCAGAGUGCUCAGAGAAGCAACGCUGUGGAGGACCUGGUGGCCCGGUUCAAUGAGGUGAGUUCGUGGGUGACGUGGCUGAUCCUGACAGCAGGGUCCAUGGAGGAGAAGAGGGAAGUUUUCUCCUAUCUGGUCCACGUCGCUAAAUGCUGUUGGAACAUGGGGAACUACAACGGUGUCAUGGAGUUCCUGGCUGGACUCAGGUCCCGGAAGGUGCUGAAAAUGUGGCAGUUUAUGGACCAGUCAGACAUCGAGACCAUGAGAAGUUUAAAGGAUGCCAUGGCUCAGCAUGAGUCUUCCUCUGAGUACAAGAAGGUUGUGACCAGAGCACUCAAUAUCCCAGGAUGCAAGGUUGUGCCAUUCUGUGGAGUUUUUCUUAAGGAGCUAAGUGAUGCAUUAGAUGGCACAGCAAGCAUCAUCAGCCUUAAACCACCUCCAGAUAACACAGAGGACUCAAUAGAGUUUGUGUCCGACUACAGCGGUCAGCACAAUUUCAUGUCGCGGUCGGGCCCAGACGGACUGCACGUCCCGGACAAAGAAGCCACAGUCAGCAACAUCCUUCAGAUUAUCAGAUCUUGUAAUCGCAGUUUGGAGGCAGAAGAUCCUGAUGAGUCAUCCACCAGCCCUUCUUCUACUGGCCCAUCGCCCACAUCCAGAAACAACUCCUUCAGGGACCGCUGCCGCAAUCAAUUCGUGGUUGGGGACUUGUCCGAUUCGGAGGGUGACCUGUCGCUUGAGCCGAUCGUGAAAGAGGUGGAGUUUCAGGGGACUGAGGAGACACACCGAGCUUUUUGCCACGGCACGGAGCUCAUUCCCUGGUAUGUGUUGUCACUUCAGCCAGAUGUUCACCAGUUUCUGCUGCAGGGCGCUACAGUCAUUCAUUACGACCAGGACAGUCACCUGACAGCUCGCUGUCUGCUGCGACUACAGCCUGACAACACUACACUCACCUGGGGUAAACCUCAAAGUGGAGGAGCGUCCCCUACAGAGCAGCCACCGGGAUUAGGACAGACUGUAGUAGCAGGACUUGCAGAAGGCCUGUUGGACCUAUCAGUGGUGAAGGCAGUGUUUCUGGGUCAUCAGGGAGUCGAUGUCCAUGCUGUGUGUUUGCAAAACAAGCUGUGCCAGAUGACAGUGGAGGAGAAUGGUCUGAGCCUCCUCUAUGGUGUCAGUACCACGGACAACAGACUCCUGCACUUUGUGGCCCCCAAUUACACGGCACAAAUGCUUCACAAGGGCCUGUCAGAGUUGGUGAAUGCAACCAGGAAGUUGAAGAAGUUUCCCGACCAAAGGUUGCAGUGGCUGAGAAAGCAAUACGUCAGCUUAUAUCAGGAGGAUGGCAGGUAUGAAGGCCCAACACUAGCCCAGGCCAUUGAGCUUUUUGGUGGGCGGAGGUGGAACAUGGGUACAGGUGGUGUGGAGAAACCCGGCACCCAGAAAAACAGCCCUCUGGGCAUCAAUGAUAAGUCCAAAAAGAAGAAGAAAGUUCUUGUCAGGGGAGACAGUGGAGAUGCCACUGAUGACGAGAUGGUUUCCAGGAAAACCCGAAGCUGUAAGGAAGGAUUAUAUCGGAACGGACCAGAGUCUGACAGCAUCGACCAAGAAGAUCCAGAAGACAGUUUCCCUGGACCGUUCUCCCUCUCAUCCAGCAAGGGCUCUGGAUUGCUGGCCUCUUCCUCCUCCUCCUCCUCUUCAUCCAGCAUGGUAGGAUCCAACCAGUCACGUCCACAAUCUUCUCCCAUCCUUUCAGGAACUGCAAAGUCACAGCCAGGUGCUUGGAGCAGCAGAUCGUGGCAUGGUCGAGGUAAAGGCUGCUUCAAAGGCUUCCAGAAUCUCAUGAUUUCUGACAGCACAAUGAGCUUCAUCGAAUUUGUCGAGCUUUUCAAGUCAUUCAGUAUCCGAAGCAGGAAAGACCUGAAGGAGCUGUUUGACACCUUUGCUGUCCCCUGCAGUCGCUCAAGUCCAGAAUCGCCUCCUCUUUAUACCAACCUCAGGAUAGAUGACAAAGACACAGGGCUCCAACCAGAUCUUGACUUAUUAACCCGUAACGGUUCAGAUCUUGGCCUGUUUAUCCGGACGAGGCAGCAGAUGUCUGACAACCAAAAGCAGAUUUCAGAUGCCAUUGCAGCCGCCAGCAUUGUGACCAAUGGAACAGGGGUGGAAAACGCAUCAUUAGGUGUCCUGGGAUUAGCUAUUCCUCAGCUGAAUGACUUUUUAGUCAACUGUCAGAGGGAGCACCUGAGCUAUGAUGAGAUUCUCAGCAUUAUACAGAAAUUUGAGCCCUCAUCAACCAUGAAACAAAUGGGUUGGAUGUCAUUUGAAGGGUUCGCAAGAUUUCUCAUGGACAAGGAGAACUUUGCUUCUCGUAACGAGGAAUCCCAGAUGAAUCCAGAGGAGCUGCAGUACCCUCUGUCCUACUACUACAUCGAGUCUUCUCAUAACACCUAUCUUACCGGGCACCAGCUCAAAGGAGAGUCCUCUGUUGAGCUUUACAGUCAAGUGUUGCUACAGGGCUGCAGGAGUGUCGAGUUGGACUGCUGGGAUGGAGAUGAUGGCAUGCCGGUUAUUUACCACGGACACACUCUGACCACUAAGAUACCUUUCAAGGAUGUGGUGGAGGCAAUUAACCGGGCCGCAUUUGUCAAUUCUGACAUGCCCGUCGUCCUGUCCAUAGAGAACCACUGCUCCCUCCCACAGCAACGCAAGAUGGCUGAAAUCUUCAAGACGGUGUUCGGUGAACGUCUUGUGACACGAUUCCUUUUUGAAAGCGACUUCAGCGAUGACCCUCACCUGCCGUCACCGCUGCAGCUGCGUGGGAGGAUCCUGCUCAAGAACAAGAAGCUCAAAGCUCAUCAGGCGCCGGUGGACAUUCUCAAACAGAAGGCUCACCAACUGGCUCACAUGCAGGCCCAGGCAAGCAACGGGUCACCGGGGGUCACUUCACCCAACAACCACACCAACGAGGAAGAGGAAGAAGAAGAAGACGAGUACGACUACGACUAUGAAUCUCUAUCGGAUGCUGAUGGCCUCGCAGCCUCUACUGCCUCGUAUGGCCUUGAAGAUAACAUCCUGGACGACAAGCCAGAGGGGAAGAGCUCAGCAGACAAGGAGGAGCAACCUGUCGAUGAAUUACCCAAGAGGAUGAAGAAGGCCGACAACGCUGUACAGAGCAAAGGAAAGGUGUUUGACAUGGAGCUGGGUGAGGAGUUCUACCUUCCUCAGAACAAGAAAGAGAGUCGACAGAUUGCCCAGGAGCUGUCUGACCUUGUCAUCUACUGCCAGGCUGUGAAAUUCCCUGGCCUGUCCACGCUGUCUCCAGCCGGCUCCGGUCGAGGGAAGGACCGAGGAAAGAGCAGGAAGUCCAUAUUUGGCACAGCUCCUUCUCGCUGCAGCACAACAGGAGAGGUCGUGACUCAAAGCCGAACUCCUGGGAGAGGUGGCUCUGAGCGGCUGAGCUGGGAGGAGCAGCAGACGUCUCCCGUCCUCAACCCCCCCACGUCUCUCAGCGCCAUCAUCCGCACGCCCAAGUGCUACCACAUCUCCUCCGUUAACGAGAACGCUGCCAAACGCCUGUGUCGUCGUUACUCUCAGAAGCUGAUCCAGCACACGGUGUGCCAGCUGCUGAGGACGUAUCCAGCAGCCACCAGGAUUGACUCAACUAACCCCAACCCUCUGCUGUUCUGGCUGCAUGGAAUCCAGCUGGUGGCACUAAAUUAUCAAACUGAUGACCUGCCCAUGCAGUUGAACACAGCGUUGUUUGAGGCCAAUGGUGGCUGCGGCUACGUAUUGAAGCCAGCAGUGCUGUGGGAUCGUAGUUGUCCACUUUAUCAGCAGUUCUGUCCGAUGGAGAGGGAUGUGGAGAAAAUGAGCCCUGCUGUUUAUUCCUUAACGAUUGUUUCUGGUCAGAAUGUUUGUCCCGCUAACAGCGCUGGCAGCCCCUGCAUCGAGGUGGACGUUCUCGGCAUGCCCAUCGACAGCUGCCACUUCCGUACCAAACCCAUCCACCGCAACACCCUCAACCCCAUGUGGAGCGAGCACUUUCAGUUCACUGUGCACUUUGAAGAGAUGUGUUUCCUGAGGUUUGCCGUGGUGGAGAACAACAGCUCCCAGACAACAGCUCAGAGGACUCUGCCUCUAAAAGCCCUCAAAUCAGGUUACAGACACGUCCAGUUGAGGACGCAGCAUAACGAGCCACUUGAAGUGUCCAGUUUAUUUAUCUACAGCCGCAGAAAUGAGGAAGGUCCCACAGGGGGCGCUACACCCUCAUCCAUGCUGUUCGUUUCAGAAGACAAGCAUGCGUCCCAGCAGCACAGGGUGACAGUGCACGGAGCUCCUGGUCCUGAACCCUUCACAGUUUUCAGUGUUACAGAGCAGACCACUGCCAAACAGCUGCUGGACAUGGUUCUGGCAUCAGCAGGAAACCCGUCAGAGUGCUUCUUGUGUGAGGAGAAGGUUCCUCUGUUGAAGGAGCGCAGCGAGGUGAAGCGCUGUGCUCAGUUUCGCUGUCUAGCACCUGAGGAGGAGGUUGUCAGGCUGGUCUGCAGCUGGAGCACCGAGGAGGGAUAUGUGGGGAGAAUCUGCCUCAAAACCAGAGAGGAGAACCUAAAUGAAAAAAACACAGUGCUGGAGGGAGAGGAGGACAUGACUGUGGGAUGCAGAGAAGGAGCAGGAGGAUGCGUGGGAGGAGGAGGAGGAGGAGAAGACGACAUGUUUUUUGUCCAGGUUCACGAGGUUUCACCAGAACAGCCUCACACUGUGAUCAAGGCCCCACGGUACAGCACUGCUCAGGACAUCAUACAGCAGACCCUGUCAAAGGCUAAGUAUUCCUACAGUAUCCUUUCUAAUCCCAACCCCUGUGACUACGUCUUGAUGGAGGAGGUGACCAAGGAUGCCGGCUCUAAGAAAUCUUCCGCCACUAAGCCUGUUCAGCGAAUGCUGCUGGAUCACGAGUGCGUCUACCAGGCUCAGAACCGCUGGCGGGGCGCCGGAAAGUUCAUUCUCAAACUCAAAGAGCAGGUGGUGAUGCGGGAGGACAACAAAAAGAAAGCCAUUUCCUUCACCAGCGAGCUCAAGAAGCUGACCAGUCGCAGUCGCAGCAUGACGACUGGCGGCGGAGUGGACGGUCCUGCCCAGAGUAAGGAUGAUCGAGCUGCAUGCUGUGUGGCUCUGACUGAGCUCCAGGAGUGAGGCUCACACUCUGCCUGCUGCCUGUGCAUGGAAAGGCAACAGAGGGUAUCUGUCUGCAGCCGCAGGUCUGAAGGCUUGGGUGACAGACGGCAGAGUUGGGGCAGGAAGGUUCUUACUGUCCUCCUCCUCCUCCUCCUCCUCGUCAUCCUUCAGGGGGCAGCUCCACCUUCCCACCUCUUCUCUGACCCUACCGACCUGGAAGCUUCACCUCCUCAGGAACUGGAAGAUCCACAAAUGAGAUCCAGAGAAAGAGAGAGACUUGCGCUGACUUACUUCUAAACUCGGAGGAUCCCCCCCCUUUUUUCCAUGAGAGGCGAGAUGUUUCAGUGAGGCUCUGAUGAAUUGUGGAAUUCUGGGAUACGAUUCUCUCGUGAAGCGUCCUGCCUUGUGUUAUUUGAGCAAGUUGAGGACAGGAGUCGAUUCAAGCCCUAUUAUCGGGUUUAGGUGACAGAUGUUCAGCUCCUUUUGCUUGGUUGAAUGAUGAACAGGAGGUUGGAAAUCCCUCCUGGUGGUCAUGUGGGUCGGUAGUUCCAGCUCUUGCAGUUUGGCUCCGUAAGGGUCCAGAGUACCAGGGGCAGCUGUUUUUAUUGAAGUCAUCAUUGACAUAAAAUAGCAUUCUCCUGUUUUUGAUGAGCAGGAGGUAGAAAAUAAACAUUUCCCUGAGUCACAUGCAAAGGAUGUAGAGUUUGCUUUGAUGUGCCAGUAUUUUUAUUGCAAGGAAUUGACACAAAAAACUAGUUUUAAAAGUAGAAUUGGCUGCUAAAUGGCCUUUGGAUUUAUUGAGAAACUGAACCACAAACUAUUUUGAUUGUUUGUUAUCCCCUUUAGGCUUGAAGGACAAUUACAAAUCUGGCUACACAAGUGGUCCAGCACGUUUUGGAUGAUUAUAUGCUGCGUUUUGUUCAAAGUAAACUCAUAAACUACCCCUUUGCAUCCAGUAGAUGGAGGGAGAUCUGCUUGGAAAAAGUAAAAAGGAGGGAAGUAGGAGAGUCUGAAUUCCUCUCUCUCUUUCUGAGGUUUGGGCUCUUUUGGUUGAGGGCAUUGUGAAGGCUGGCAAGCUGGCUUGUUUGGUUCUUUUCUUACUGUUCCAGUUUCACAGUACUGUAAGGGCACAUGCUUUGGGGGCAGUGCAGGUGGGCAACGCUCACACAAAGAGGCAACAACGUGAGACACCCCAUUCACAAGUUUCCAUUCUUUUCUAAAUAUUCUGUGACGGAAGCAGCGAGGCUUUAGGCGAUUUCUCUGACACUACCGUCUCUGCCCUGAAGGUGACAAUACAUAAGCAGCAUUCUAAAGCAGUGUAGGUGUGCAAUAUUAACCUCUACAGGGGCAACUGUGGAACAACUUCGUAUCACAGUUGUUGGUAAAGUUGUUCAACGUUGCUUUAAAAUGUUGUAACACUGCCUUGAACUUUUGUAGCUGCAUCUCCUGGGAUGAUCUGCUUUGUUUCAGAAAGUGUCUUAGGGCUGCCAUCACUGUCCACAGGUCAAUAUGUCGACUAGCAUCUUAUCUUUCCAACCAAACCGAUGAGCUCUUAUUUGAGUUACUUAAAAAAAGUUCAAUUCAUAAAUAGGAUGGUGUCAAAAACAUUUUACACCUGAUACAACACUAGAUCACAAGAAGAAAGAACUGUUGCUGAAUACUGGCCCAGUUACAGUUUAAUCUAAAACAGUUGCAUCAAGUCACAAGGUUACGACCAGACAUUUGAUUGGAGCUUUCUUUAUUUAAGGUUUUCAAAUGUCAAAAUAUCCCCUCUAUGAGAUAUGACUUGAUACAAAAAAAAAGAAAGACAUUUGACUAUUUCCUGCAAUUUCUUCCAUCGUUUGAAAGCAACAGUUGAUGAUUUUCAGCUCUAAGAUCCUUUUUGGAAAACAGCCUGGUCUUCUUCCAAGAGCAUUUUGCACAUUUUGUUUUUCCUUUUGCUGUUGUCUCGGUGGUUUUUUUUUUGUUGUGUUCCUGUCCGACUCACGACAGACACUCGAUUGUUAUGAGAUGGUCAGAAUUUCUUGUUUUUAAAUUAUGAUCAUUGUAUUUAUUACUUUUAAUUUCAGCCCAAUUUAGUGUUGGAAAAAAAAGCACAAGACACACAAGGUUUGGAGUCCAAACUUGAAAUUUCACUCGCAAAAAUAACUUUCUUAACGACAGAAUGAAUUUUAUUUCUGUUUAAUUUACUGGCCUGGAUUUACUGUGCUUGAUUUUCUUAAAAACAAUAUCUUUAUAGAUUACUAGUAUUGAUUGAUUGUCAUUAAUGAUUGUAGAUUGUAGGAUCAACUUUCUUUCAGAAUGUAGUAAAACUUGAUUCAUUUGGGGCCACUUUCCCCCUUUUUCUCUGCUAACAAGUGACAUUUCCAUAUUCAGAGAAAUAUUUUUUAAAAAUGUAGAUAUUUUUCUCCUCUUAUUUGGCAUUUUAGUUAUUGAUAUCUAUAUUUUCCCUCUAAUGUUGCCUUGCUGAAACAUAAGGAGCCCUAUUAAAAAUGUUUGAGUCUACAGGAUAUUUUUUUUAGGUGAGUUGAUGGUUAAAAUGAAGCCUGGGGAAAAAACACACACAUUUGUGAGUAACUGAAAAAGUGUUCUGAACGCAUUCCUGUUAGAUUGAAUCUGGUUAAAAAAAAGUUACAUGGGUAUAAAGAAGUACAUUAGGCCAGUUUAAAGCCACAUUCCAACAUACAGACUGAAAAUGUGCGUUUAAAGAAACUGCAAACACUAAAUUUGUGAAAACAGGACGCCAAAUGUCAUGACUUGUAGGCAUUUUGAUAAGUGCGGCCACGCUCCAGAAGUGAUUUUAGGUUUUCGUCCUUGUACAUUUGUUUGUCUUUGGGUGAAACUUUGCUCUGUGCCAAGUAAUGAGUUUGAAUUUGAGUGCAAUAGUGAAGGUCUGUCACGUCAACUCUUCAUUUUUUUUAUCGUCUAUAGAUAGAUUUGACUUCUGCUCAUUUUUUUUUUUUUAAACAGUCGACCUUGAAUUGUUUAAAUUUGUCAAAACUGAUAUCGUUCACGGACACGGAUUAUCUUCCGUCAGUGGUACAGCAGUAGGACGGUCCCUAAGGCUGAUGGUAAUUAAGGUAAAUGAGACUGUGAUCCCAGAAACCACAACUCUGUGUCAAUGAUAAUUAAGCUGUAAUCCUUUUAUCCGGUCGGGCUUUUGUUAUUAUAGAUGAUUAGAAUUUAAACACCGAGGCAUGCCAAACGAUAAUAUUUCAUAAAGUGUUCAUUAUCUACAACCAGCAUGCCUGGAUAGAAGCGAUAUCAGCUGAAAUAAGUGUGUGACUCCACACAGGAAGGGACAUUUUUCUGUUUAAACUGUAAAUCUGUGAGCUGUCUGCUUUGUCACUUCAUCUACUUUUCCUUCUUUCUAACCUGUAGACCUCAUUUUCUGAAUGUAAUAUUUCUUAACGUGUCGACAACCUGAGACAAAUGUGUGUUUGGAAGUUAUUUAUUUUAAUGUGAAGCCCUGGUUGGCAUUUAUCUGUUGUUUGUGUGUACGUUUCUGUAAGUAGUUUUGUGUGUUUUUUUUUUAAUUUAUUUCAGUAUGUGAGAAGGGGGAAGUCUACAGCCCCGAUGUUACUCAAACUUAUUUAGAUAUGUAAAGAAAUAUUUUACUUUAUGUGUAAAAUAUUCAGCAUUGUAUUCAUACUUCUGGCAUGUUAUUCUGCAGAUACACGGCAGCAUCUUUUAUUUUUCGUGAAUGUGGACGAAAUCUGACAACUUUGUUUUGCAUUUUGGUGUAUAUCCAUUAUAUCCACUGAAUAUGACGUGUUCGCUGCCUGUUGGCCGCGUUUCAUCUUUAGCACUCCAUGAAAAUGUCCAGUAUACCCUUGAACACCCACUAUCUGUGUUUAACAUGACCGUCAAGUGAACAUUUGUCUAUUUACUUGAAUUUUUAAAUGGUUGAUAAUUGGUGGACUUGUCAUAUACCAGGAUCACAAUAAAGAUGCAAAUACUUAACGCUGCUGCAAAUCAAAGUGUUUGAGUAUAUUCAUUCAAGAACUGUACAUGAGUAUUCCUGUUUUGUGCUACCUAAUACCUAAAUAUUGUACUUCUAAUUCUACUCCCUAAAUGCCCUGUUGUAUAUUUUGAUCAGAUCAGUUAUUUGCUUUCGAUCCCCUUUCAGCAAACACUUGGCGACAAUGGGGAGGAAAAAACUCCUUGUUAGCAGGGAGGAAAGAAAAAAACCUCUGGCAGAACCAGACUCAGGCCUCGACUGGUUGGGGUGAAACCGUUACAAAGAUCAACAGACACAGAAAUGGAGCAGUUGAAAGUGUUUAAAGUCGCCUUUUCGUUUGGAGCAUUAACAAAUAUAUCAGCAAUCUGGCAAUCUUGUUAAAGUUAAAGGUCGCAAGGAUUUAAGUCAGUACCAGCAGAUUCUUGUGAACAAUGUUCAAGAAUCAGUGACAAAGUUGAAGUUGCACCGGGGCUGGAUGCUUCAACAAGACAACGCCCCUAAACACUGCUCAAAUUCUACUCAGGCAUUCAUGCAGAGGAAAAAGUACAACAUUCUGGAAUGGCCAUCUCAAUCCCCAGACCUGAAUAUUAUUGAAAAUCUGUGGUUUGAUUUAAAGCAGGCUGUCCAUGUUCGGAAACCAUCAAAUCUGACUGAACUGGAGAUGUUUUGUAAAGAAGAAUGGUCAAAAAUACCUUCAACCAGAAUCCAGACCCUCAUAGGAAGCUAUAGGAAGCGUUUAGGGUGUUGUUUCUGCAAAAGGAGGUUCUACUAAAUAUUGAUGUAAUUUUCCUGUUGGGGUGCCCAAAUUUAUGCACCUGCCAAUUUUUGCUUAAAUAAUUAUUGCACACUUUCUGUAAAUCCUAUAAACUUCAUUUCACUUCAUAUAUAUCACUGUGUUCAUCUGCUAUAAGAUAAAUGUAUCUGAAAUUGCUGAUCCGAACAGCCAGUGAUUUAUAAAGGAAAAUCUUGAAAAUUAUCGGGUGGCCAAACUUUUGCAUACCACUGUAAAUUUUUUUAUUUCUAUUUUUAAUUGUAUUUAUUUAUUGUCUUCUUUGUUUUUAAUUCUUGUGAAGCACUUUGUGUUGUUCUGCAUUAAAGGGGUAUACAAAUAAAGUUUGAAGUUUGAAA